AUGGUGGUAUCAACGACAGCCGCCGAAACCUUUCACCGAUUCCAGGACUUGCCUGCUGAACUGCGGCUCCAUAUUUGGAAGUUUUCAGUCGACUCAGUAGGCUUCAUCACAGUCACAGUAAAAGACCAUAAUCAUAUGCCCACCCUGACAACGCCUCUGUGGUCUGUGAACCACGAGUCAAGGGAAACAGCUAUCCGCGUUACCAAGGUCGAGCCCGACGGAGUGCACAGGCUCGUCACGUCUGGACGCAACGGGCAGAACGAAUGCAAGAUCAUGCAAGGCCUUCAAGUUGGCACACACAGAAUCAUGACCCUGCCUCGCAAAUGGGCAUUGCCCUUCGAGGAAUCCAUGUGGAUGGAGCACAACGGAGCCUCUUAUGUCUUGUUCAAUCCUUCGCGCAAAGACCCUGCCACUGUUGAACGCGUUGCCCGCGAGGUCCUCAACUGUCGUUGCAUAGAAGAGGCCAUGUGGGAUAAGGCCCUGUGCUUCGGUGGAUUCGUCUUGUUGGAUGGUGAUCGGCCGGAGUCGAGCAUGGAGGUAGGGGCUCCGGAAGAAACAAAUUGGCAUGGGGAGACAACAUGGACGAGUCCGUUUAGCCAUCCUUGGCUGUCGAUUAUAAGACUAAGAGAAUUGAGCGAUUUGGCCAAAAGUCGACCCUUGAAACAAAGCAAUAUGUUGUGCCAUGGGGGACAUAAACUGGCCAUGGCAGUGAACCUUGAUCUCAUGAACUUGCUAGGCCGCAGGAUCCGUCUCGCCUGGGUCAAGGUCUCCCUUGCCAUCAAAGGUCAAACGGCGAUGCACCCAGGCGGGCUUCGAGGCUCAUUGAUGCGGAUGGUGCCAUGCGACUCACGAGAGCAUUGA